AUGGAUCCAGCGAUGUAUCCUGGAGCAUCGGCAGCCAGCUAUUUGACCUACCCACAGAAAACGAAUACAGACUACCUUGGGACCUAUGCAACGCAGACGGCAUCAACGGCAAGGCAAACGGCUAAUGGCUCUUCGGCGUCCUCCACCAAUGACCAUCUUGGGGAUCCAAGCUCCUCGUCAUCUCCACGAGAUUCAUCUCCAUCUACGACAAGUUUAGUCCUAACAAUACGUCUUCUAAUGCAAGGAAAAGAAGUGGGAAGUAUUAUUGGCAAAAAGGGAGAUCAAAUCAAAAAGAUUCGCGAGGAAUCCGGUGCAAAAAUCAAUAUUUCCGAUGGCUCGUGUCCGGAGAGAAUUGUAACGAUUACGGGAACUUUGGGAGUCAUUGGAAAGGCUUUUAAUAUGGUUUGCAAUAAAUUCGAGGAAGAUAUGCUUUUGCUUCCAAAUUCCGUACCUAAACCACCGAUUACAAUGAGGGUUAUUGUGCCAGCUACACAGUGUGGAAGUUUGAUUGGGAAAGGUGGCAGCAAGAUUAAGGAUAUUAGGGAGGCAACCGGCGCUUCGAUCCAAGUGGCCUCCGAAAUGUUACCCCACUCGACAGAACGCGCGGUCACACUCUCCGGCACCGCCGACGCUAUCAAUUUAUGUAUGACACAAGUUUGUCAGAUUCUUCUUGAGGCUCCACCAAAAGGAUCCACAAUCACAUACCGACCAAAACCAACAUUCAACCCAUUAGCAAUUGCCACGUCAGCUGCUACAAUCGCCGCGCAACAGCAACAAGCUCAGGCACAACAACAGUUUGCUGCAGCGGCUCUUAUUGGAGGUGGACAGGGAGUUCAAGUACAACAACAAUUAGUCACUAAUGCACUCCUUCAACAACAUCAGUUGGCUAUGCAGCAAGAGCUGGCUCGUGCUGCUCUCCUCAAUCAACAAUUCAUGAUUCCCGGCCAACUACCAACACAGGCUCAACAGCAAGCUUCCAAGGUGUUUCUUGGGCAACAUGGAUUAAUGUACGCUGGAGCGCAGACAGCUGAUAACAAGGCUAUGGAAGCUGGAGCCGCAGCGGCAGCAGCUGCUCAAUGGCAGGGAUACGAUAUGGCGGCGGUUCAACAGCAGCAACAGCAACAGCAACAACUACUUAAUCAAUAUGCGUUGAAUCAGAGUAUGCUUAUCGGUGCUCCAUUCAUGAAGGGCGGUCCAACGCCGCCUGGCACGUCAUCUGGAAAAGCGACGUCAUCUGGAGCGUCGUCUGGAGCAUCUGGAGCCACGUCGUCGGCACGAUUUCAUCCGUAUUGA